UGUUCGAGGGAGCCCCAGCCACAGGACGCACGUAUGGCGGACAAUCCCAACGAGAGGAGCGUUUCGAACGAAGGACCGUCUCCGGGGCCACUGCAGCGACAUGGCGCCCCAACGGCGGACAAUCCGAACGAGAUGACACCUACCGAGCAGCGCGGCACCGACAGGGCGAGACAGCACCGGAAGAGGUCUAGGCCACGGUCCCGUCAUUUCGGUCCGUCGUCAGGAGUUAGUCCGUCCUCCUCAAUACGCGACACAACGGACGAGUUGACCGCGCCGAGGGAACAAGUGUCGCCUCGCACAGGGACGCUCGACUCGCGCAGCAUCGCUCACACUUCGCUCGGGCCCGUGCCGCACAGCGGAAACGCACGGAGGCCACCGUCGGCUCACUUUACCACGGACUGGCGAGAUAGCACGGGAACAGUGCCUUCCAUCCACGCUCAUGACGCCUCAGCCCUCGACGACACUCACGACGAAGGUGGCCGUCGAUCUUACCAAACGGCUAACAACAGUUCAGCGCGCCAUUCGCUGAGAUCAUCACAAAUGGAUCCGUCGCACGCGCACAGGUCGCCCUCGCGACAGCGUCCUCAGCGUACCGCUGCGCACUACCUCGUGCCGGGAACAGUGACUGACCAGACAGUAGCCGCCGGGUCAAUGGGACAGUCAACUGAUGGCAUCCCGAAGGGCGACGACGCUCAUUAUGCGCCGGACUUGCAGCAAUGGCGGUGGCCAAGCCGAGCGAGCGCCCACAGCGGCAGCCCUCGCCAGCCCUCCGCGACGCGCGCCGACUUUCCUCGAGAAGACCAACAAACAGCGCCUCACGCCGACGUCUGGGCCCAAAGCAAGCGCAGCCCGGUCGGCAGCCCGUCACUGAUGCAAUCGCCGGAGCGCCGGGUAACCAUAGACCCUUCCGCCAAGAUGGAACUCGCUAAAAACAAACAACUCGACGGCGUCUUCCAGCUGGCCUCUGCCGACGCCGAACCAGUCGCUGGACCCCAAUUUAGGGGGCCCGUACCGCAUCAGGUCAUACGAUGGCCCAGCGUCAGAAGCGCUGACAAGGAGGCCGCCGCCCGGCGACGCUCCGUCGCCGAGCAGCUGCUCAUGAGCUCUCCGAGCGGCCCGGUCAGCCCGAUCGACCACGGACCCCUGGAGAUGGCGGCCGGCAUUGCCUCCAGUCGGCGCCAGUCGAUGAUGGUGCAAGCGGCCAUCCAAGAUCUGCCCAAGUUUUCCGAGGCGGGCGCUAAGCAGAAGCGGCGUGCCUCGAUGGACUAUCGGGCCCGGGCGCUGCAGAAAAGGGAACAACACAGCCCCCAGACCCGCGUCCCUAGCGUCAGUCCUGGCCAUUACGCAGAACUAGAGCUGGAACGGCGUCGCCUUGACAAACUCCAGUCUCGCCUGAGCGGUUGCCGUCGCCACAAAAAACGCCUGGUCUUCGCGGCCAUGGGCGUUCUCUUGCUUCUCGUCGUUAUCUACUUGGUGCUAAGAGCGCGAACCUCGCUCGAAGACGGUGUCUGCUCCAGUGACGACUGCCUCGACCACGCCCAUCAGCUUCUUCAGUCCCUUGACACGGCGGCGGACCCGUGUACCCGUUUCCACGCCUACGUGUGCGGAGCCAACAGGUCCCGACCGGACGCCCAGGUCGCCGAAUCGCUUCCGUACGCCAAGCUCGUCGUCUCAAGCGUCGUCAGCGCGGCCACCACAUCGGCGCCUCCUGCAGCAGAUGGACAUUACCCUGCGACUUCCAAGGCCCUGACCGCCUUGUCGACCUGUCUCGACGCACGAGCCACGGAGACAGCCGAGCACUUCGUUAGGUUCAUGGAGGCACGCGGGAUGCGGUGGCCAUCGGUGGAUUCGGGUGCGCAGGUGGGAAUAAUCGGAGUUUUCGAUGUCCUCCUGGACUUAGUCGUGAACUGGAGGGUUGUUCUGUGGUUCGAUGCGAAGCUCGUGUACCUGACCGAAGACCGCCUACCCGUCGUCGCCUUCGAAGAGCCGGGCGCUUUGCCGCUGCUGCGCAUGCGGCAGGUGUCGUUGCUGGAUGACGUCGCGUACGGCCGCGCCGUGGGGAGCGUGUCGCUUUUCCUAACCAACGGAACGACCGAGCUGAAGAACUCCGCCAUCCAAGAGCUGCACAAGGACGAAGGAGCCAUCAGGGACGCUGUUCUGUCGACACGCACAGAUGAGCAUGACAUCCUGCUGCCACUGCACAAGGCUCAUCAACUUUAUGUCCACAACGCCUCCUUGAAUGAAUGGCGUGCUGUCAUCGCGAAGCAUGUGAAAUCAACUCCCCUCGUUUCUAUAGAAACGAAAAUCCUAAUAAUGAAACAGUACUCAUUCAGUCGGCUUUCGAAUCUACUCGAAACUAUCUCACCCGCACGGCUUCUGAACGUGAUCGGCUGGAUGUUCGCUUACGUCUACGUGUGGAUGUUGAACGCCGACUUCUUAUCCUUGGGCGGACGGACGGCUGAGAACGCGGGUGCUGGCACGCAUUGCUUUCUCGCCGUCCAUGAAUCGUUCGGCAUUGUCCAGGCGUCGACGAUCUUCCACGCACUGUUCGAUACCGAAGCCCGGAAGGAGUACAUUUGGACGCUCUUCAACUCCACUUCGAGAGCACUCCUCGGCCAGCUCCAAGCUUCGGAAUCUAUCACCAACCUGACGAAGAAGGAAGCGGCCCUGAAGAUCGGCAGCCACAUGCGCGCCCAGUUGUUCCCGGCGCUACCGUUCAUGACCGCCGAACAGUUGGACGGUCUCUACAGCAUCUUUCCCGACAACUACGGCAAAGACGCGACGUUCUUCGAGAUGUGGCUCAAGUCUAAGCAGGCCCUGCAGUUGGCGCUGUACAGCCCUUUCCACGACAACCUGCUGACCGCCCGCUACCGGUGGCAGUCUGGAAGCGCCAUCUACCUCUACUCGGUGAAUCUCGUCUGGCUUGCCGUUUUGGCGGUCCUCCCGCCGUCGUACCUGACCCGGGGCUCGCCGAUAAUGACCUAUAGCGGUUUGGGAUACCAGUUCGCCCGGCAGCUGGUCAGGGUCGUCGACGAGCGUGGCCGGAAGUUGGAUUACACGGGCUCUGAGAUACCCUGGUGGGAGCAACAGGGAAAGUGCGCACUAGACAGGGCUGCGACGAAGCGGGAAAUGAAAGAGGUCGCCGACCUCUUCGCUCUGGACGUCGCGUUGGCCGCGCUCAAGAGCAGCGCAGCAUCCAGCCAUGAAGGCGGCCUGUCCACGCUCGGGAUCAAGCUCCUGGAGAUGUUCUCGCCGUUGCAGACGUUCUACAUUAGCUACUGCAGCCACUUCUGCGACGAUCCCGUGGAAGGGCCGGUGAUGUGCAAUCUGGCUGUCAACGCUUCCGACUUCGCAGAGGCCUUCGGCUGCCAGCGCCAGUCGCCACCGACAUGUCUGUUCGCAUAG